CAAAGACCGAGUAAAAAACAACGGAAACAACAACUUCGUGCGUACAACAGCGACGACUCGGACGAAGACGCGAAUCCCGAGUUCAAACCAGUAAACUUGCUGGACUCGGACAAUGAAGACCUUGAAAACGUCGCGGUGGAUGACGGCGCCUCAUCAAACUCCGACUCGGCCUCGGGAUCUGAUUCAGAUGACGAAACAUCAGGCCGCCAAAACCUCAAGAAGCGCAAGCCCAUAGGUGCAAAGCCCAAGCCCGCGCAGCUCAAAUCUGCGGAAGAAGAUGAUUCAGCCUCCGAUGACGAGAUUGACGAGAGCGCCGACUCGGACGAAGACUCAGAAUCCGGCUCGGAUACAGGAGCAACAUCGCGCACCACCAAGUCGAAACGCAACGAUCCGAACGCGUUCGCGACGUCGCUCAGUAAAAUCCUUUCCACCAAGCUGUCCACAUCUCGUCGUUCCGACCCAGUACUUUCGCGCUCUGCGGAGGCGCAUCAAGCUGCGAAAAAUGUCACUGAAUCGGCCCUCGAAGCCAAAGCGCGGAAACAGGCGCGGCAGCAGAAGUUGCUUGCACUCGAAAAGGGAAGAGUCAAGGACGUCCUGGUUGCGACACGAAAUGAGGCCACAGGCGAACAAGAGGCUAGUACGGCAGAGAUUCUCGAGACUGAGAAGAGGUUGAGGAAGGUGGCUCAGAGAGGUGUGGUCAAGCUGUACAACGCCAUUCGCGCUGCCCAAGUCAGAGGCCAAGAGGCAGAACGCGAGGCAAGAAAGGAGGGGUUCACGGGAGUGAAGAGGCGGGAGGAAAAGGUCAACGAGAUGAGUCGCAAGGGCUUCUUGGAUCUCAUUGCCAGCGGUGGAGGCAAUCUCAAGAAAGGCGCACUGGAGGAAGCUUGA